GCAUGGGAUGUGAGCAGGUGCGUCUCAUGUUAGUCUCGCAUCCAGCAUCGAUGACGUGGUUGCGUGUGCACACGGAUCAUUGGCGCAAGGAGGCUCGAUCUUGCUUCACGUUGCGAGGAUGCUUUGAUACUGGUAAAGACAGGCAGACGCUCCUCUCAGCAUCUCGAGAAGUCAUCGGCCCCGCCUACUCGAAGCGAGAAAGUGCAGUGCGGCAAUGGACAGACUGGGAUGGGCAGGAAAGGCGCCGCUGGUGCCACGAAACGCGAAGCUUGCAUACGUGUCAAGUCCGCUGAGCUGUUUGCUUGUGGUGGAUGUGACGACGUGUCGAGAUCCUUCGACCAAUGCAGGGUUCCUGUCGCUCGCUGCAUCCUUGGAAGCACUCGCAGGCGGAUCAUCGGCUACGCAAGCAAGCCUUUGAUCCAAGACUUGAAGCUCGCGCUCCCCUCUACUCUAUGCGUCUGCGCAUCGUCUCGUGGGGCGUCUCGAUGCGUGCAAGUUGGGCUGAUCCUUUCGCUUUUGCUUUCGCUUUUGCUUUUGCUCAGACUGCCUUGCACAUCAUUGUGCAUGUGCGCCAGAGAUGAGGAAGCUCUGUUCGCUUGCCAUGACCGAUCGGCAGCUUGUAGCUCCUUGGUCGAUACUCGUUGUGAGGGGUCUAGGAACUUUGCGCCGGCUGGGUUGUUGAGCGCUCGAGGUUGAAAUGCGCAAGCACUCAUAGUGGCGAGUGGUGUAACACUCUGGGAGAGGGAAAGAUGGUGCAAGCUUGAAGCUGCCGCUGUGAGAAGUGCGCCGAGGACAGGACAGGUCGACGGGGUGGUGGUUGAAAGUCGU